CACCACCACUGCUAAACAUCGAGCUUGAUAGUUUCUCAAGAAGGCGUCCAAAACAUUCAAAUAUCCCCUUCCUCUCUAGCAGUUCGAAUUCAGGACAACAUCAGGUCCCUACACGUGCCCCUCGAGUAUCUCACACGUAGUGUGAAUUUGAUCCGAGUCGAGUUGAAACCACUUGUUCUGCAUGCCGAUUGCUUGACAAAAUAAUUACACUUAAUUAUCCCUGAGCCAACAAAGAUAAUCACUCAAGAUGUCGACAACAAAAACACGGCCAAUGCAGCACAUUGACCGCAAGUCGCUCUAUACGGACCUCGAGUCUCGAAUCCGCUACCUGCACUCAUUCCUCGACUUUGGAGCCAGUGAUAUCGAAGCCCUCCGGUCAGGCUCUAGAUACAUUCAAGCCCUCACUCCAGCCGUAGUCAACAUUGUCUACCGCAAGCUGCUGCAGUAUGACAUCACGGCUCGUGCGUUUCAGACCCGGAGCACCGCGUUUGAAGGGCCCAUGGACUCGGACCCGGAUGAGACGAGCCCGCAGAUCCUGCACCGCAAGUCCUUUCUGCGCGCUUACCUCAAGAAGCUCUGCUCUGAUCCGACGCAGAUGGAGUUCUGGGAAUAUCUCGACAAAGUUGGCAUGAUGCACACGGGACUGGGCCGCUCCCGGCCGCUGCACAUCGAGUACGUCCACAUCGGCGCCACCCUGGCCGUGAUCCAGGACGUCCUGAGUGAAGCCAUCCUCUCACAUCCGCGGCUGCCCCUGGCCCGCCGGAUCGCCAUCGUCAAGGCGCUCGGCAAGGUCGUGUGGAUCCAGAACGACCUCUUCGCCCGCUGGUACGUCACCGACGGCGAGGAGUUCACCGACGGCGUCGACUACGCCUCCCGCCUGGCCGAGAAGGAGGGGUAUCUCCACGGCAAGAGGGUGCUCACGCCCGACCAGGAGGAGGACGCCGCGGCGGCGGCGGCGGCGGCGGCGGUAGCAGCAGCAGAAGGGGAGGAGCAAGACGGGGCGAAGGAGGAGGCUGAGAAGGAGAAGAGCCCCGGGCAGCAGGGGCAGGGCCAACGCGGGGAAGAGGCGAAGGCCGGAGUGUGCCCUUUUGCAGGAAUGGUGUCGGGGAUGGAAGGAUUGAAACUGCAGAACGGGGUGCAGGACGGCCAGGCGGGAGUUGACGGAGCGGUGCCGAAGACGGUUGGAGUGGGGUUCAAUGAAGAGGAGGAGGGGACAAGGACGUGUUGAGAAGAUGAAAUACGCGUCAAAACGUCGUUGUAUGAUUAGUUUGCUUGGGAGAAUUGGUGGCACGGACUUGAGCUUGGGUGUUGGGUGCAUUGUACAUAUUAGAUAAUACCUAUCUUGCUCAAUCUAGACCGAGGCGGUCAUUGAUACCACAGCCG